CAUGCUGGCUCAUGUAUGUUUCUGUGUAUUUGGGUAGGGUUGUGUAAUUCCUUACUUUUUUGUUUCAGGUGUGCUUUGGAUGGAGAAAUACUUAGAUAUGUGGGUGAAGCUUAUCCAAAAGGGGUCUGCUCAGUGUAUUGUGGGAAUGGUAAAGAUGCAGAGGGCCCAGGAUCUGACUUUGAGCUCGUGGUAGUGAUUUCAGCUGCUAGACAUAGCCCACAAAAUUUCUGCAAUGGUAGUUGGCGUUCAGUGUGGAGCAUUGAGUUCAAAGAUGAAGUACAAAUGCUGGAAUUAAAAGGCAAACUGCAGGUGGGUGCCCACUAUUUUGAGGAGGGGAAUGUGCAGUUAGAUGCAAAACAUGAAUGCAAAGAUUCAACAAUUUUUCAGUCCUCUGAAGAUUCUGCAAUUACCAUAGGCAACAUUAUAAGGCAACAUGAGGCAGAAUACUUGGCAUCUCUUGAGGCAUCCUAUUCAAACUUGCCCGAUACCACUUUUAAGGAUCUUCGUAGAAAGCUUCUAGUUACUCGCACCCUAUUUCCAUGGCAGAAUACUUUACAGUUUAUAUUGACAAGAGAUAUCACAAAAGAACUUGGCAUUGGAAAGUGAAUUCACCCUUUCAACUGGAAGGUGUUCGACUCAGAGAACGAAUUUUCUCCCAUGUAGACCCAUUUCAUGAGUAUGCUGGUCAUGCAUAGAGGGUUUGCCUAUUUAUCAUUCCCUUUCUCUCGAGUGAUGUCCUCAGCCAUUGGAGCUUCUCCCUCAGUUUUGUGCAUUGUAAUAUAAUUGAUAUCUAUGUUUGUGUAGAUAUAAUAUUCUUAUUACUUUUCAUAGAAGUGUGCAUUGUUUAUACUGUAGGAAUAAUGGGAAGUAAAGUUUACUCAGUCAUGUUUAUGCUGAGUUCAUUUAAGGUUUCUCAUAUAACCAUUCCCUAUUGUCAUUUUCAUCUAUUUAGGUGCACCAUGUGUUGCUGCAAUUGAGAAUAUGAGCCAUUUUGAUGCUGAUGGGAAGCGUCAUUACCCAUUUGGUAAAGGCUUAGGCUCAGAGGUUGUAAAGCAGUUUGGUAUCCCUAAUCUAUUUGAUUUUCCCAUUAGACCAACUCUAUCUGCGUCUGGAGAUAGUGGAGUACCUGAAGUGGUAGCUGAUCCUCUAGGUGAAGUUUCUAAGACAUUUCAGGAGCUUGGAAUAUGUGUUGUGCAACAAUGUGCUAAGAUUCACCAACAAGGUAUGUUUGAGGUGCAAGUUGUUAGGAUUCUGCUCAAGUUGACUGCAUACCAUAAUUAAUAUGUACUUGAAUAAGUUAAAUCAUAGUGAAGAUUCAGGAAAUUAAACAAGGUUAAUAUUUAACUCAACGUGUUUUCUCACCUUAAUUCAUGACAUAUUUGUUUAGCCUGUGAGAUGUCGAGUAUGAAUGCUUUUGUGGUCAUUCAAAUGACCUUAAUUUUCUAAAUCAGCUACCACAACACAUCAGAAGCAGAUAUAUAUAUGAAAAGACGAGAUCUACAUUUCAUCAGUUUGUUAAAUCGUGCAGGCCUUAUUGAAAGCUGCGGUUGGCUACCUCUAAUUUCCCUAUCCAAUUAGAGGCUUGCUUGUUAUUAUCCUCCUUAGAAUAUUUUGGUUAGGAGGCAGCAGUAUUCCAUUUGUUGGGCUAGUACUUACAUCAUUAUGUCUCAUCUCAUUCUUAUUGUUUCCAAAUUCUUUUCGAAACUUGAAACUGUGAUGGAAGCCAAACUCUAGUAGGUGUAGUGUGGCAAAAAGUAUCUGUGGUCGUGAUUUUGCUUGAUUAAUCAGAAAACAGGGAGCACCAAUCAUUAUUAAUGAUGACACACUUUCCUUUUCGACCAAGUGGGCGGUAAAGACUCGGAAAGGAUAUACCCAACAACAACUUGACGAGGUGCGCAUGGAGGUGGCCGACUACUUGCAGACCUUGUUGUAGAUUCUGACUAGGAUGGGGAUUUUGAGUAAGGCUAGAUUGCUAUUUUGGUUCACUUUGACUACUUACAGACCUUGUUGUAGAUUCUGACUAGGAUGAGGAUUUUGAGUCAGGCUACAUAGCUUUUGGUUCACUUUUUUUGUAGUAGAUGAAGUGAAUGCAGCAAUUAUGAACAAAAUUGCUGUAUAUAGGCAUUGUUAGGCUAGCUUUGUAGUAGGUUAAUUGGGGUUUUGUUUUGCCUGUUUUGUGAACUGUCAAUGAUGAUGAUUUUGGACAAAAUACCCCAAUAUAUAUUGAAAUCACUUUGGUCAACUGUGGA